ACAAUCUCUCCUGCUCCUCGCUUCCUCCUCCUCCUCCUCCUCUUCCUCCUUCCCGUUGUCACUCUCUGGCUGCAGAAACACGCGCUUUACCCGCCGGCCUGGUCCCACACCGACGAGACCAAACACACACAGCAUAGCACCAUGGGCUCCGUGGACUUUUUGACCCAGGAGAAGAUCUGGUUUGACAAACCUCGCUUCGACGAGGCGGAGAGACGCUUCUACGAGCGCUCGGACGGCUCGUCCCAACCAGCGCAGGAUGCCGGGGCGAACACCAUUCUGCAAGACAUUGCCCGAGCCAGGGAGAACAUCCAGAAAUCUCUAGCAGGAACCAUCAGCAGUGCGGCUGAUCAAGGGGAGAUCAUCUGUCGCAUCAAGAGCCUGGAGCUGGAGAACCACAGCCUACACAAGGUGGUGGAGGACUUGAGGGCUGCUCUUUCCAAACUGGACUGUCGAGUGUCAGUCCUGGAGAAACCUCCUGCAGCUGUAACCACGGCUACCACUCCUGCAGUACCCUACACUAAUGGCAAGACCGCCCAGCAGAAGACCAGCGCCCCAGUUAAAGACGACGAGGAGGAUGAUGAUAUUGACUUGUUCGGUAGUGAUGAUGAUGAUGAGGCAGAGCAACUCAAAGAGCAGAGGUUGAAAGAGUACGCAGAGAAGAAGGCCAAGAAGCCUGGCAUCAUCGCCAAGUCUUCCAUCUUAUUGGAUGUCAAACCUUGGGACGAUGAAACUGACAUGGUGAAGCUGGAGGAGUGUGUUCGCUCAGUGGCGGCUGACGGUCUGUUAUGGGGCAUGUCCAAACUGGUCCCGGUGGGUUACGGCAUCAAGAAGCUCCAGAUCUCAUGUGUGGUGGAGGACGACAAGGUGGGAACAGACAUUCUAGAGGAAGAAAUCACCAAGUUUGAAGACUAUAUCCAGAGUGUUGACGUAGCGGCUUUCAACAAGAUCUGAUUCCACCGGGUUUCUUUGUGUCUUUCGUCAUGCCUUGUUUUUCUGCCGUUAGUGUCAACAGUUAAUAAUAUUAAUAAAAACAAAUUCUUGCACUGAA